GACGAACAAACAACUUAAUACAAGCUGGAUGGUGGUGGUUGAAGUCGUUAGAUACUAUGCUCUGUUUUUUAGUCUGUAAACAGACAAAGCCUCAGACACCAGAAAAAGAGAACCAAAAGAAAAAUCAAAGCCAGCGUUCUUAACAAGUCCAAAACGCUUGCCUUUCAACACCUUGAAUUUGGAAAACGAAGGAAAGACACGUCAACACUCAACUCCUCUUAACUCAGUAGGCAAUGUUGCUUGCUUCUCCUUCUUUUGUUUUCUAUGCAGGGUCUCCUCUCCUUUCCUUUUCAGCCAUAACAUUUUAAGAAACUUUGCUUCUUUGUCCUGGAAACCCAAUAUAUAUCAUUGCUUCGUAGUUAAUAAUUCAAGGUUUUUACAUCUUCUUCUUAACUGGUGUCUGCUGCUUACAUGGCAGCAAUACUGGCUUCACACGGUUGUUAUUUGCGCAAUUGUGAGUUGAUGAAUCAAGGAAGAACAAUGGAAACUCUCAGUUUUUCAAGCUCAAUUUCGAAUCAGUUUGUGAAGUUUGAGAGGCAAAUACAUAAUCUGCCUAUGACAGAUAAAUCAUUCAGGUUUCGAGUGGAUAUGCAACAAACUGAGUCAGCCCCAAAGGUAGGAAUCAAUGGGCGACCUGUGAAAAUGGUGCCUGCGAGUGAGGUAGUGAAAAGAAAAGCUCCAGCCACUAGAAAAGUGGAGAAGGUGAAUGGUGUAAAGCAGGUUAUAAAUGGUGCUAGCAUAGUUAGGAGAGAUAAUAGUCCAUCUCUGGUUAAGAAGCGUAAACCUAGAGCGUCUGCAGAACUUCCACCAUUAGAGGAGUUAAAUGUUCUGCCUUCAGAUGAAAGUUUCAGUUGGGCCAAUGAGAAUUAUAGUACCUUGCAAAGGACUAUAGAUGUUUGGUCUUUUGUUCUUUCUUUACGAGUCCGUGUUUUGUUGGACAAUGCAAAAUGGGCAUUUGUGAGAGGCUUCACAGAAGAUAAGCAGAAAAAGAGGAGGAGAAAGACUGCCUCAUGGCUUCGAGAGCGUGUAUUGCAACUUGGUCCUACUUUUAUUAAGCUUGGACAAUUAUCUUCUACCAGGUCAGAUCUAUUUCCACGUGAGUUUGUGGAUGAGCUUGCCAAAUUGCAGGAUAGAGUCCCUGCAUUCUCACCAAAGAAAGCAAGAAGCUUCAUUGAGAGUGAACUAGGAGCUCCCAUCAAUGUACUAUUUAAGGAAUUUGAGGACCAGCCCAUUGCUGCAGCUAGCCUUGGUCAGGUACAUCGCGCUAUUCUGCAUAAUGGGGAGAAAGUUGUUGUCAAGGUUCAAAGGCCUGGCCUUAGGAAGCUUUUUGACAUUGAUUUACGAAAUCUAAAGCUAAUUGCAGAGUAUUUUCAGAAUAGUGAAACUUUUGGUGGUCCGACAAGAGAUUGGAUGGGUGUAUAUGAAGAAUGCUCCAUGAUUUUGUAUCAAGAAAUUGAUUACAUAAAUGAAGGGAAAAAUGCUGAUAGGUUUCGCCGAGAUUUUCGAAAUAUAAAGUGGGUCCGAGUACCUAUGGUGUUUUGGGAUUACACGGCUACAAAGGUGUUGACCUUGGAGUAUUUACCAGGCAUUAAAAUCGACAAAUUAGCUGCAUUAGAUUCUCAGGGAUAUAAUCGUUCUCGAAUUUCAUCACGUGCCAUUGAAGCAUACUUGAUUCAGAUACUGAAAACUGGCUUCUUUCAUGCUGAUCCGCAUCCUGGAAAUCUGGCUAUUGAUGUGGAUGAAGCAAUCAUCUAUUAUGAUUUUGGCAUGAUGGGGGACAUCAAAUCUUUUACUCGUGAGAGAUUGCUGGAACUUUUCUAUGCAGUAUAUGAGAAAGAUGCAAAAAAGGUUAUGCGGAGCCUCAUAGAUCUUGGAGCACUUCAACCCACAGGAGAUUUGUCCUCGGUGAGGAGAUCUGUGCAAUUCUUCUUGGAUAAUUUAUUGGACCAGAGGCCAGAUCAGGAGACUACUUUGUCUGCAAUUGGAGAGGAUUUGUUUGCAAUAGCUCAGGAUCAACCAUUUCGGUUCCCAUCCACAUUCACCUUUGUUUUGAAGGCAUUUUCCACACUCGAAGGUAUUGGCUACACACUUGAUCCAAAUUUCUCCUUUGCAAAGAUUGCUGCACCUUAUGCUCAGGAGCUAUUAGAUAUUAGACAAAGGCAGCCAACUGGUACACAGCUAGUGCAGCAGAUAAGGAAACAAGCUGAUGAUGCCAGGUCCUACACCAUGUCUAUGCCAUUCAGAGUUCAGCAAAUAGAAGAAUUCGUAAAACAGCUUGAAUCAGGAGAUUUGAAACUCCGAGUCCGGGUGCUAGAGUCUGAGAGAGCAGCACGGAAGGCCAGAAUACUGCAAAUGGCAACCAUGUACACAGUACUAGGAGGUACCCUGCUAAACCUAGGCGUCACCUUCGGCAGUCAAGGCAGCCAAAUUAUUGCUAGCGGAUCAUUCCUCGGAGCAGGAGCUUUCUUCACACUGCUCCUUAGGUCAAUGCAAAGGUUGAAGACGCUUGAUAAAUUCGAGAAGAUGAUAUGAUGUUAACCUCACAAAGCCCCUUCAAAGCUGUACAAAGCUGCCUCCUUAAAAAGAAGCCCCCACCUAGGUGUCCCUUCUGUUUGCCAACAUGUUUAAAGCUGCAUAGUGAUCACAAGCUAGCAGGAUACGGAAGAUGGCUAUUGUGGAAUCAUCACCUAGCUGCUGCUUAUUGCCGCAGUUCCUUGACAUUGAUUUUGAUUUAAAUGUGGAGAGUAUGUUUUUCCCUACCACCAUAAAAGAAACUGAACAUAGGAAAAGCUAGCGUAAAAGAAAAGUAACCAUUCAGUUUCUGCAGAAUUCAUAGGCAAACAUUUUCAGGAUCAAAACAUAGAAUCUGAAUCUCAAAGCGCCUACGAAUGAAGGCAAUCUAUGUUGUGCCAACUCUUCAUUUUCCGUGAAGUAUCCUUGUCAGACACAUAUCGGAUGGACUAGACAUGGAGUUCCGAGCCUCCAAAUAUAUGGAAAACUUAGAAAUGGACAUACCCAUGUCAGACAUAUAUGUACCUGACACUCAGCCCCAAGUCCAAGUAACAUAGAAAGCAAUCACAAGCUGAAGAUAAACAUGGCCUAGAGGAGGGGGUGUUUGAGGACAAAUUCAUGCCAAACUGGAAAAUAACCUCCCUAGCUACAGAGCAUUAAUAAUUAGGGGUCAGCUAAGAACUUAUUGGAGUUGACAAUAUGUACUCCAUAAUAACCAUUACAUGUAAAACAGUCAACAGGAGCUACAAGGCAAUGAU